UCCGCUAGCGCCGCGAGGACGGACCGUGGCUCCGCUGCUCCGCUGGCUCCGCUGGCCGGGAUCGAGCACCGCCAAGCCGGACACUGGUCCCAGGAAACAUGGAGGAUGCGGCCGCGGAGCUGCGGCCCGGCUCCCGGGUACCCGUCACCGUGGAUCAUGUGGUGAACGACACCCUGGUCGUGACGCUGACCUACCGAGAGAGGAGCUACACGGGAGUUUUACUCGAAUCCAGCAAAAAGACUGGACUUUUCUGUCUACCAGACUUCACAGAAAAACUUGAGAACUGCCCAGUAUCAAAACCACCCUGUGAAAUCCCCGAAAUUUUGAGCGAGGAGCCGGUUUCCGACCCCCCCAGCCAGGUUUCGGAAAGACCAAAGGACGAAAACACGCUCCCUGAAAGCGGCGUACCUGCCGCGCCGCUCCCCUGCCCCGUCCCCACACCAGUGCCAGCUGGACAGGCGUCUUAUCCUCCUUAUUUUGAAGGAGCCCCCUUCCCUCAGCCCUUAUGGGUGCGCCACACAUACAGCCAAUGGGUACCUCAACCCCCGCCGCGACCAAUCAAGAGGAAGAAGAGGCGGACGCGAGAGCCCGGCCGCAUGACCAUGAGCACCAUCCGUCUGCGGCCCAGGCAGGUGCUCUGCGAAAAGUGCAAAAACACGCUAAACAGUGACGAGGACAGCAAAGACGGCGUGAGCAACUCCAAGACUUCCAGGAAAGAGAACGCCCUGCAGAGCGACGACGACGGAGAUUAUAAAGAUAGCCCGACUAAGCUGUCAAGAAAAGAGGACGUUGCAACCAAGGACACCAAAAGACGCGAAAACGGCACCAGCCUCGACAGCAAGCGCCUCAGGAAGGACAAAAGGGGCGAGGCUGACGGGGAAAAGUACCUUCCGGGUGAUGUUAUCCCGCACAGCCCCGUUAUUAAGAUAUCCUACAGCACUCCACAGGGAAAGGGGGAAGUCAUAAAGAUCCCCUCACGGGUUCACGGUUCAGUCAAGCCGUUCUGCCCUAAACAGCUGGUGCAAAACGGCGUGAGUGAUGAUGUCAAGGCCGCCGCCGAUGCCACCAAGGAACAGAGGCACAUUCUAGACGCCACGCGGUCCGGCCUCACCGUAUCGAUUCCCAAACUCAAACUAACUAGGCCUUUUGCAACCGUUGGUCAGGACUCUCCAUCCCCAAAGAUCCGCUUGAAACCCCCCGAGAGAGACGGGGAGGAGACCUUGGUGGAAUACGAGGCAGAACUUGUUGGAGGAACGAGGAGACGGAGCCCCCGGGUGCCGGGGCCGGGCCUCCCCCUCUCCGAAGACUUGGGCGAAGGAAAGAACUCACUGGAGUUGUGGUCGGGGAGCUCCGGAGAGGAGGCGGAGCGCAGCCACAGCGACCUCACCCUCCUGAUCAACUUCCGCAAGCGCAAAGCAGAUUCCUCCAGCCUGUCGGUGUGCAGCAGCGACAGCCUGGACGAGUCCAAGUCCUUCAGCUCCGACGGCACCUCGCCCGAGCUGUGCGACCUGGCGCCGGGCGAAGACCUCUCUUCCGUCACCUCGUCUUCCGUCACUCCGCCGGACGACUGCAAGACGGUGCCGCCGCUCACGGUGCGGCUGCACACCCGCAGCAUGACCAAGUGCGUGACGGAGGACGGCCACGCCGUGGCGGUGGGCGACAUCGUGUGGGGGAAGAUCCACGGCUUCCCCUGGUGGCCGGCGCGCGUGCUCAGCAUCAGCGGCACGCGCAAGCAGGAGACGGCCAGCUGCGAGGCCCAGUGGCCGCAGGCCAAGGUGGCGUGGUUCGGGUCGCCCACCACCUCCCAGCUCUCCGUCGCCAAACUGUCCCCCUUCAGAGAGCUCUUCAGGUCCCGCUUCAACCGCAAGAAGAAAGGGAUGUACCGGAGAGCCAUCUUGGAGGCCACGAAGGCCGUGGGUCACAUGGGUCCAGAGAUAACGUCAAUGCUCUCCCACUGUGACACGUAGAGGCUGAGGAAGGACUGAAGAGAGGUUUCCGAGGUUUUUCUGAAUUCUCAGACUCUGUCAUCAAGACCCAGGAGGGAGUACGUGCGGUUGCCACGGCUACUAUUUAUAUGCCCCCCCCUUCUCUUUUUUUUUUUGGUUUCUUUCUUUCUCAUUUCCUGUUCUUUUUCACGUGGCUGGAGGAAGAUGGCCGCCAAGGUGGGGUGUCGCUGAGACUGCAUAAGGGAGCAAAGAAAAUCAAAAAAAGAAGGAGAAAAGAACGAGGCAUCUCAUGAUCGGAACUGUUCCGCCUUUUUUUUUUUUGUUAUUUCUAGAUGUAAUCAUAUUUUAAUAGAGCCAAAUAACAACACUACAAGGACCCGAAUGUAUUUAUUGUUUGAAAUGGUUUUUAUUAAGAUCCAGCAAGUCGAACUUUCUACUACAGUCUCGCAAAAACCAUCCCUUCUUCGACACACUCCUCUCCUCUCUCCCUCGUGGACUUGAGACUCAUGACAUUUAAAAGUCUUACCCAGAAAUCCUCCCUUCUGAUGAAAAUGUGAACGGGAGCGACGGCUCCGGCUCCGUCUCGCGACCACCGAGCUCCAUCCUCUCGUUUUAAAGCCUUCCCGCGGCGUUUCGGUUGGACUUGUGGAUAUUAUUUAUACUGAACUGUCGUCUCCUCCCCGGGAUCACGCCGCGCAUCUCUCCCGCCUUUUUGAACUUUUACGAGCAUAAUUUUUCCCUCCAACUCUUCAUAUAUCCUGAGAAACCAUCCUUACGUUUAAUUAUUUAAAGUGACACGUUUAAGAAGAAGAAGAAGAAGAAGAAGAAAAAAAAAAGAAAAAG